UAUUUCCAGCGCUGCACUUUCUAAUUCUAAUUCUAACUCUACUGUGUCUGAAGUCCUCGCUUUGACGUCAAUGUCUGACAGUCACUCAUUCCAUCGGGACCCCAACAAUUUUUGACUGUGGUUCUGUAAAAAGGAGCAAAACUUUUUGGUUCCUGUUUGAGUACGUUUUCAGCAUCAGUGGGACUGGAUGAGAGACCCUACUGUUGCAGUGUACUGAGUGUGGAGCCUGAAACGAGGAACUCAUGGUAGAGAGAGGCUGUACACGCGUUUGUGUGCAGCUGAAGCUUCAGCCAUGGAGAGACCUGAGGAAUCCCGCCCCGUGGAGAAACCAUGGAAGUGUGGCGACUGCGGGAAAGGCUUCUGUGCCCCGUCUGUCCUGGAGACGCAUCGACGCAGUCACACUGGGGAGCGGCCGUUCCCCUGCCCUGAGUGUGGGAAGGGCUUUUACCAGGCCUCUGCCCUGCUGACCCACCGGCGGAUCCACACAGGAGAAAGGCCCUUCAGCUGCCCCGAAUGCGGGAAGGCAUUUACCCAGGCCUCCAACUUACUGACCCACCGGCGGGUCCACACAGGGGAGAGGCCGUUCACCUGCGCCGAGUGUGGGAAGGGAUUCAGUCACGUGGGCAGCUUGUGGACGCACCAGCGGGUCCACUCCGGUGAGAGGCCCUUCAGCUGCCCCGAGUGCAGGAAGGCCUUCCGCGAUUCCUCUGCCCUACUGAGGCACCGGCGGGUCCACACGCGAGAGAGGCCUUUCAGCUGCCCCGAGUGCGGGAAGGCCUUCCGCGAUUCCUCUGCCCUACUGAGGCACCAGCGGGUCCACACGGGGGAGAGGCCCUUCAGCUGCCCUGAGUGCGGGAAGGGCUUUACCCAGGCUUCCAACCUGCUGACCCAUCGGCGGUCCACACAGGGGAGAGGCCCUUCAGCUGCCCAGAGUGCGGGAAGGGAUUUACCCAUGCCUCCACCCUGCUGACUCAUCGGCGGAUCCACACGAAGGAGAGGCCCUUCAGCUGCCCCGGGUGC